CACACCAAAAAAAUCCUCAAAAAAAAAAUAAAAAUGGCAACAACCCCAAAUACCCUUCUCAUCCCACUCCUCCUCCUCCUCCUCAACCCAACCACCGCCACCUCCACGCCGCCAAAAGCGGCGGUGCCGCCCGUCGUCCCGGUGGUCGAAGGCAUUGUCUACUGCCAAAAGUGCCUAACCUACGGCACGUGGAGCCUUACGGCGGCCGAGCCCAUCGCAUCGGCCACCGUCGGCGUCAUCUGCAAGGACCAUCGGCGCCGAGUGAGUUAUUACAAGGCGUGCAAAACAGACGACAACGGCUACUUCUGGGCAGAGCUUAAGGGCUUCAAGAUGCACAACUACUUUUUGGACCACCCUCUGCAUUCGUGUUCAGUUCGAUUAGUCUCUUCGCCUCUUAAGACGUGCAACGUUCUUACCAACAUUAAUUAUGGCUUGAACGGCGCGCCAUUGCGCUAUGAAGACAAGAAGAUCAUGGAGAAGAACUACGAGGCCGUCGUGUACGCCGCCGGGCCGCUGGCGUUCCGGCCAGCCGUCUGUGUUCCUCACGGCGGCGACAGCGACGGCGACGGCGACGGCGAGGAUUGAUUAAUUAGUUCAAUGGAUGGUUGGAUGGCAAGAUUAUGAUUCGUAUUGUUUUGUUUUGUGUUUUGGUAUUUUUAUUUACAUAAAUUGAAAAAUAUAAUUUUUGAUGAUAUAAGUAAUAUUACGUUCAUACAAAUAUCAUAUUUUUUCUUUUUCACCUUUUUAAGUAA